AUGUCUAAUAAUAUCGAAUUGAAGGAUGCUGAAAAUACAAAUGAAUGGGUUAAUUGGAUUGAAGAGGCCAUUGUUAAAGAAUAUUUUAAAUGUUAUGAAUACAAACAUUUUAGUAAUAUUCAAGAGAUUGGUUCAGGUGCAUUCGGAAAAGUUUAUCGUGCAAAUUGGAAAAAUUCAGAACAAUAUAUAGCUUUGAAAUCUUUUUUUAAUCUUAACAACGCCACUGUAAAAGAAAUUGUACAUGAGCUUAAACUUCAAAGAGAAAUACAAUUUCAUGAUAAUAUUGUUAAGUACUAUGGAAUUACAAAAUUUGAGUCAGACAAUCAUGAUGACCUAUUAAAAAGAUAUUUAUUAGUUAUGGAAUAUGCCGAUUCUGGUACCCUUAAAGAUUAUUUAAAGAAAAACUUCAAUAAUCUUACUUGGGAUAAUAAAUGUAACUUAGCCUACCAGUUAUCUUGUGCUGUGUCAUGCCUACAUAAUGAAAAGAUCGUACAUCGUGAUUUGAAUUCAGGUAACAUAUUGGUUCAUAGAAACACAGUAAAGGUGGCCGAUUUUGGGUUAUCAAAAAGAAUUGGAUCAUCAUCCAAAAAUUCAAAAUUAUUUGGAAUAAUUCCUUACGUUGAUCCAAUAAGAUUCGGUAAAAAAAAAAAUAAUAAAAAUUCAACACAUUUAUCUUCAUUUAACGAAAAAAACGAUGUUUACAGUGUUGGAGUACUGUUAUGGGAGAUAUCUAGCGGGAAACCUCCCUUUUCUACUGAAGAUUAUGAUCUUGAUUUGGCUAUAGAAAUCAAAGAAGGCCGUAGAGAAGAUCCUUUUCCUGAUACACCUGAAAUUUAUAUAAAACUUUAUACUGAUUGUUGGGAUAGUGAGCCAGAUAAUCGACCCACUAUUGACCAGGUGGUAGAAAGAUUAAAAGCAAUGAUUACAAAAACAAGCAUGAUAACAGAAAAUCACCAAAUUAAACCAGAUCUUCAAUUACAAAAUUUUGAUAUGAUAGAUACAAAAGAAAUAAUACCUUUAUCAUCUGAAAAAUCCGAAAAGAAUUUUAGUAAAAUAAUUAAUGAAAUAGUAGAAUUUAUCUUUAAAUUAGAAAAGGAUGGAAAAGAAUCGUAUAGAUAUAUUUUUGAUCAUUUUGAUGGUCAUAAUAUAAAAUAUCAAGAAAUUUAUAAUUGGUUGUUAGAUAAUCAAAAUGAUUUGGAUUCUAUUUUCUUACUUGGAUAUUUUGAUUAUGUAGGAAUUGAAACUAAUAAAAAUCCUAAUCAAGCAUUUAAUUUAUUUAUUAAAGCGUCAAAGCAAGAUCAUCUAUUGGCACAACAUUAUGUUGGAUUAUGUUAUCAAUAUGGUUAUGGGGCUGAAAAAAAUGAAAAGCUAGCUUUUGAAUAUUAUGAAAAAUUAGCAAAUAAGGAUUUUAUAAUAGGAAUUAUUAAUCUUGGUUAUUGUUACGAAAGAGGCAUAGGGAUUAAAAAAGACUUAAAAAGAGCUGCUCAUUUAUAUGAAAAAGCAGCAGAGUUAGGAAAUAGUUUAGCUCAAAAUAAUCUUGCCAUUAUGUAUGUAAAGGGAGAAGGGAUUGAUAAAGAUUAUAAUAAAGCUUUUAAAUUAAUAAAACAAUCAGCAACAGGAGAAUGUAAGGAGGGAAUAAUGGCAUUAGGAUAUUGUUAUAGUAGUGGAAUUGGAACUAGUGUUAAUAAACAAAAAGCAUCUGAAUUAUAUCAAAAAGCAGCAGAUUUAGGGGAAAUGAUUGCUCAAUAUAAUAUUGGUUAUAUGUAUGAAAGAGGGGAUAGAAUUGAGAGAGAUAUAAAUAAAGCAAUUUACUGGUUUGAAAAAUCUGCAAAACAAGGAUAUCAAAAGGCUCAAAAUAGAUUGAAAAACUUAAAAAAGUAA